AUGAAUGCCAAGGAGAUGCGAGAGAGAGGAGAAAAAGAGAGAGAGAGAGAGAGAGAGCGUCGACUGUCGUUUUGCACCAAAUUUUCCCUUUUUUUCGAGGAGCUCACGGCCAGCGGAGCGACGCUUGGACAGUUGCAGGCGGCGUGCCGAUUUGACGCUGAGGCGGGGGAGUCAAAGGGGGCUGGUGUGAUCAAGAGACGGAACUUCAAGAAGAGCUGGCAUCCGCACACGCGGGCCAACAUUGAGAAAGUAUGGAUCGCCGAACAGAAGAUGCUCGCGGAAAAGAGCAAGACACAGCAACUACAAAAGGAGCUCGAGGAGGAGCGUGCGCGGGAGGAGCUGUCACGCAUGGCUGAAGACUCGGGUCACCGCAAACGCGAGGAGAAAGUCGAGUGGAUGUAUGCGGGCGCCAUGGGAGCAGCCGAUAAUCGCGACGAGUAUCUGUUGGGCAAACCUGUGGAUAAGACCGUGUUGCUCAAUACCAAGGAUGACGAAGAUCAAAUGCGUUUUGCCGACCGUCGUCGCGAAGGAGUUUCACCGCCCCGGCACCACGAUAGACCUGCCCCCGGUCCCGGACCUGCCCCAGCUCCAGCCCGCACGGCGCCACCAAAGGUAGACGAUCAGGCUGAGCGCGAUGCCGCACGCCUCAAAGCCAUGAUGUCCAACGCCGAAUGGCAUCAAAAAGGCCGCAAGGAGCGCGUAGAUCGCUACGAACAGUCGCUGCGGGAGGAGGAGGCCGCAGCCCUGCAGCCUCGCGAGGUGGAGGACGGCACGGAGGGUGACGGAGCCAAGUUUAUCCAAGAGAUGAGCAAGACCUCAUGGUCUUCAGAAGCCACAGCCCAUCUUGGGGACCGCAUUCGGCGCCACCGUCACUAUAUCCAAUCGACGAGCCACAGCUACGACUCGGGAGGCCUUAGAAGCCUACGGUCUUGGCUCGAGCUGGAAGCGUGCCCGGCUAGCUUCUCGACCUCCACAAUGAACCGACCCGCUUCGAUUCCCGAGCUGAGCACGCCCGAGGCUGUGGCAUUCGCCGGCCAGCGUCGCCAGGCGCUUUUCAAUUACAAAAAGGGCAAGAAACAUCAAGUCCGCCUUAAAGAGGGAGAUCAGCUCGAAAUCCUUGCAACGCCCGGCAAUGGCUGGGUUCAAGUCAAGAAUCUCUCCCGCAAGACCGAGGGAUGGUGUCCAAGUGCUUACGUUUCAGGAGCCACCCAUGCCUCGCAGUCACAGUCAUUGGCGCUCAAGCAGACCGCCGACGACCGCACCUCCACGGGCCUGGUCUCGCGUCCGGUCUUGUUGAGCUCCACGUCCAGCCAAUCCUUGAACGUGGCCGGUGUCCUCGAUGUACCCGACCCUGUUUCACAGCCGCUUGCCCAUAUUGGUGAAUCCGAUGAGGCCGCGUUUGAUUCUGACAGCGAUCACGAAGAUGCAGCCUGGCACACCGACUCGCUGAAUGACGUCACCAAACAGAGUGACCCACCUCUCGUAACCGUGGCGCUUGCAGGUGUGCGCGCCAAUACUGCCUCACCACCCGCGGAUUCUCAAGCGCCCCCGUUGCAGCAGCCCUUUGCGCGCGCGACAUUUGCCUUUGCUCCGACUCACGAGGACGAGCUGGCGCUGCAACCAGGGCUUUGCGUAUUGAUUUUGAAACGUCCCGAUGGGGGCUGGUGGUAUGGUCGGGCCAUUGCCGACAGCCGCGCUGGAACAUCGGUGCCAACCGAGUUAACGGGCACACCUGGUGCCAGUGGCUGGUUUCCCAGCAAUUAUGUCGCCCUCACGUCCCCACACAACGCUAGUCACUUCUCAAGUGACGCAACAAAGGACGCGGCACCCAAAAGCUCGGCGCCUGAAGUGCCACCCCCACUCUUGCGCCGCAAUACAGUGACCCAGCUGGUCCAAACCCGUCGCAAUGAGCUCAAUGCUGCCAUAGAAAAAGAGCUGCGGCUCCGUGAAGGCGCGACCAAACUCUUGCGUACAUUUCACCGUGCCUCCAAGCGCGAGCGGAAGCGAUUGCAGCCCCAAGAGGAAGAAGUUGCCGUCACCCUUGCCUUUGCCAAUUCUAAUUUGCAACGCCUACGCACUGAGCUUCAUCAGCUCAACGAUCGCAUGCAAGCCAAUGUGCGCCGCAGUGUUCAUUUGGCACAUAAGAGUCUACAUGCCACAAAAACACAAGCCCCUGAGGCUGACAGAGCGCCAGCCUGGCCAAUGGUGGCGCUUGGUCUGAAGGAGACUGGUGGCUAUACUGUCGAGGCACAACUUAUGGAAGUGAUUCACCACCACUUUGGUGUGACUUCUUCCUUGACGGCUGGCGUGCAGGAGCAAUUGCUGACGACACGCAAGUAUGAUUGCUUCAACGGCCAGCCCAGCUCGUCCUCGGCUGUUGCCCUCGAAGCAGCUGCCACCCUCUUCAACGCCGCUAGUUUGAGCACCCACUUGGCAGUUGCUUGUGAUUUGACAGUGGCUGAGGAGUGUGGCCGGGCUGCUGCCUAUUUUGAGCGUGCGGCGGGGUUGGUGCAAUUUGUGGCUGAGGAGUACAAUUUGCGAGAUAGUGCUGACCUCGCACCCGUCACCUUGCGCGUGAUCGGAGCACUCUGCCUGGCUCAGGCUCAAGAGUGUUUGUUGUUGCAACAGCUCGCUGUUCGACCUCGAUUGGCGCCCGGGGAGGCGGCGACUGUGGCGGAUAUGAUGCUGCACGUAUCCAACAAACUGUCGGCCAAUCUCUUGCACGGCUAUCUUCCCCCAUCCUGGCAAGUCUUGUGUCAAAUCAAGGCGGUCAUGUAUGAGGCCCUGGCUGACUUUUGGACGGGACUCGAGCAACUCAGCGAUGCGCAAGCCGCAGCCAACAGCACCUCCGCCGCCCAGUGGAGUGGUGUGGCGCGUCUGUUACGAGCGGAACUGCUUUUCAAGCAUGUGCUCCGUGACCAAGCCGAUAAGUUGCCGCGGGCGGCCGACCUGCGUUUGCGGCUUGAGGGGUGGGCUGCCGAGAUGAUUUGUUGGCUGUUCUGGGGCCUCUUGAGUUUUAUCAUGUUCAUUCAUCAUUUGGCCCCGUGCGAACGGUCCAUUUUGAAGCAUCGCUGA